AAAUUGCGUACAUCUUGAUCAUCAAGUAAUAACAAGUCUAUAAAUAAGAUCUAUUAUAUGAAGUCUCUACAUGUUUUUGAGUAGAUAAUAUAACACAAAACAAAAUAAUGUUGUUCAUGGGAGAAAUGAUGACCCAAUUUGGGUCAGUAAUUGCUAGCAUAAUGUUUGGUUAUGCAAUGUUUCAACAAUAUUUCCCAUAUGAUCUUAGGCGUUAUCUAACAAAAUACACAGACAAAAUCGUUGGAUUGGUGUACCCUUAUAUCCAUAUUACUUUCAAUGAAUACUCUGGCGACCGUUUCAAGCGAAGUGAAGUUUACUUAGCCAUCCAAAACUACCUAAGUACCAAUUCCACUGCUCGAGCCAAACGACUCAAGGCUGAUGAUGUCAAAGACACCAAAUCAUUGGUUUUGACAUUGGCUGACAAUGAAGAAGUCACUGACGAUUUCCAAGGCGUGAAACUGUGGUGGACUUCUUACAAAAGCACCCCCAAAAACUCAACCUUUUCGUGGUAUCCUAACUCAGAUGAGAAGAGGUAUUACAGGCUCACUUUCCAUAGACGACAUAGAGAACUAAUCACCACUACUUAUCUGAGUCAUUUGGUCCAAGAAGGAAAAACCAUAGCCAUUAAAAAUAGGCAACGAAAGCUUUACACUAAUGGAUCAGGUGAGAGGUAUUAUGGUGGGAAACAGACCAAGUGGAGCCAUGUCCUGUUUGAGCAUCCGGCUAGUUUCGAUACUUUGGCUAUGGAACCCGAAAAGAAGCAGGAGAUUAUAAAGGACCUUCUUAAGUUCAAGAAGGGGAAAGAGUAUUAUGCUAAAAUUGGGAAAGCUUGGAAAAGAGGGUAUCUUCUUUAUGGUCCUCCUGGGACUGGAAAAUCAACUAUGAUCUCUGCUAUGGCUAAUUUUCUUGAUUAUGAUGUUUAUGAUUUGGAACUCACUGCUGUUAAGGACAACACUGAGCUUAAGAAGCUGUUGAUUGACACUUCGAAUAAGUCUAUUAUUGUGAUUGAGGAUAUUGAUUGUUCACUUGAUCUUACUGGUCAACGGAAGAAUGAGAAGGAGAAAGGUGAAGAUGAGGAAAAGAGUAAAGACCCUAUGAAGAAAGCUAAAGAGGAAGAUAACAAUAAGAGUAAGGUGACUCUUUCUGGGCUUUUGAAUUUCAUUGAUGGGAUUUGGUCAGCUUGUGGUGGUGAGAGGCUUAUUGUGUUUACAACUAAUUAUGUUGACAAACUUGAUCCUGCUCUUAUUCGGAGAGGAAGAAUGGACAAGCACAUAGAGCUUUCUUAUUGUGGUUUUGAAGCAUUUAAGGUUCUUGCCAAGAACUACUUAGAUGUUGAGUCACAUGAUUUGUUCUCUACAAUUGAGCGUUUGUUGGGUGAAACUGAUAUGAGCCCAGCUGAUGUGGCUGAGAAUUUGAUGCCAAAAUCUGAUGAGGAUGAUGCAGAUAAGUGUUUGAAGAAUUUGGUUGAUGCUAUUGAGAUUGCUAAGGAAGAAGCUGUGAAAAAGAAGGCUGAGGAGGAAGAAGCUAAGUUGAAAGCUAAAGAAGAAGAAAAGGUAAAGACUGAGAAAGAAAAGUUAGAAAAAGAGAGUGAAACAAAAACUGAUGAAGUAAAAGUGAAAUGUAAAUGUGGUAAUGGAACAUUAGAUAAGGAAGUAAAAGAGGAAAAUGGAUCAUAGAGUGAGUUUUUCUUUUGGUAAGAAAUAAGUUACAUUAGUGUUUUGAUUAAGUUUUGAUAUGUAUUGUAUGGUCUCAUUUAUCCAUGUUUAUUGCUUUUCUAUUUUAGCUAUAAAGAUUGUUUUGAGA